AUGGCAAGCGAAAUCAAAGAGGCGGAUCAUAGAGCAAGUACUUCGGACUCUGAAGCGGGCAAUGUAGACUUACUGGAAACAAACGACAUUCCUGGGAACAGCGAUAACACACUCCUGGUCGUCAGCGACUCGUAUGCAGAUCUUAACUAUGUAGAUAUAAACGAUAGUGAUAUUAAAAGUCACAGAGGUACAAUCAACGCGUUGGUGAAGAAGAAAGCGAAACGAGGAAAUUCGGUAACAACAGCUGAUGAUGGUAUAGCAGCUGAUGCUAAUGAAAACAAUGGUAGAGAUGAUGAGGAUGUUUCUGAACAUAUAGAUAACACCAGUGGCAAUAAUGUGGAGAAUGAUUCUUCGGAAGUUUCGGUUGAUGAUUCUCAAGACGAUUGUUUAGAGCAAAACCUCGCGGACCUGUCCUUACAAGAGACUGAAGACAUACCUGUGUCUCACCUCAUCCGCUCCACUUCAGAUUCUGACUACGUGAAUUCGUUGGAGUGGAAACAACAACGUAAACAUAUUUUCAUUCUCAGCGAUUCGGGGAAACCUAUUUAUAGCAGACAUGGCAGUGAAGACAAGCUGGUGACGAUCAUGGGAGUCAUGCAAGCUUUGGUUUCGUUCGUACAGGACAGCGAGAAGGACAACCUGAGGUCCAUUGUGGCAGGAGACCACAAGUUUGUCUUCAUGACGAGAGAUCACCUGACAUUUGUUGGGAUCAGUCGGGGCGGAGAGUCCACCCAGCAAUUGUUGUUACAGCUCACUUACAUGUACAAUCAGGUAAUCAGUGUGCUCACUCACACAACACUGACACGAAUCUUUAAACAACAUCGAAACUAUGACCUCCGGCGGCCGCUGAGUGGUGCGGAGAAAUUCUUUGACAAUCUGCUCAACUUGAUGGAUGUGGAACCUGGCUUGUUACUGACGUCGGUGAGGUGUCUGCCCUUGGACAGUUCAGUCAGAGAGGUUAUAUCACAGACAAUUUUACAGCAUGCAAAAGUGAAGGACCUGGUGUUUGCUCUGAUCAUAGCACAGAACCAGCUGGUGGCUCUGGUCAGAAUGAAGAGGUACCACCUGCACCCCAUGGACUUGCACCUCAUCAUUAACCUCAUCAAUGCUUCAGAGUCUUUCAAAACUGCAGAGUCUUGGACUCCCAUUUGUUUGCCAAAGUUUGACGCUGGGGGAUUCCUUCAGGCACAUGUGUCCUACUUAGAUGAGGAGUGUCAGUCAUGUUUGCUACUGCUCUCCGUGGACAUUGAAGCCUUUUACAUCCUCUCUGAAUGCAAGUCCAGAAUUAAAGAGAGAUUGAUACGAUACAAUGCUCUUGAAGCAAUCAACGCCUCACUGAAAAAACGCUCCUACUCAAUCCAAGCUUGCAGCAUCACAGACCUCAGACAUUUCCUGUACAAAGCUCGCAGCACUGCACAGUACACAAGUCCAGAGUUCGAGACCCCAUACCACACCAAGGAGGAGCAGGAGAGACUGUUUAGUCUGUACUACUAUCUCCACGAUCGGAUACACACAUCAGGCCGGCCUCUGAAGAUUUUAUUUCAUGUAGGACAGUACGAGACAUUGUUAGGAUGGGUGACCCAAGGUUUUGAAUUGUACGCUGUAUUUGGUCCGCUUGUGACGAAGAUGACAGCAAUCCAUGCGGUCAACAAGCUGCUGCGAUGGAUCAAGCGUGAGGAGGAUCGCUUGUUUAUUUUGAGCUCCGCCACUUUUUGA